AGUUUAUAAAUGACUUUAAAGAGUUCUUAAACAAUCUGAACUGUAUCAGUUUAAUAUUGAAUGCGAAAGUGUGGUGUCUUAACAAGUUAAUUUUAAAUUUUUACAAAGUGAUCAGUUCGAAUGAAAAAUGAAGAGGAAAUUUACAUUGAAACAUGAUUUCUCUUCAGUGGAAAGUUUUAAAAGCAAUGGUAUAAUUGAAUCAUUUCAAGAACCUGUCGAAGAAGAACCAAAAGAAGAAAAAAAUAUCUCCAUUUUUCAGUUGUAUAGAUACGCAACAUGUUUGGAUUUAAUCUUUAUUUUUCUUGGAAUAAUCGGUGCUGGUGUAAGUGGAGCUUGCAUCCCUGUUAUGAUGAUGUUAUUCAGCGAUGUAACGGGAGGAAUUAUUACUUAUGCCACUAACAUUAUCGUCGAUGCCAACAACACUCAAUUUUAUAACGAGGCAUUAACGGAAACAAUAAGAACUUUUACAAUAAAUUCUUGUAUUUUGGCCAUUGUUUCUUUAGUUUGUGUUUAUUCUUCAGUUGCUUUAUUUUCUUACUCAGCAUUAAGACAAACUGAAGCUAUUCGAUGUUUAUAUAUGAAACAUGUUUUAAAUCAAGACAUUUCUUGGUAUGAUACCCACAGUACAGGAGAUUUUGCAAGCAGAAUAGCAGAAGAUUUAGCAAAAAUUGAAGAAGGUUUAGGUGAUAAAAGUUCAACAUUAAUCUUUUAUAUGGCAGCAUUUAUAUCAGGAAUCAUUAUGGCUUUUAUUAAAGGCUGGGAAUUAUCGUUAAUUUGUCUAAUUUAUUUUCCUGUUUCCUUGGUUGGAAUGCAAAUAGUAUCAUGGUUAACAACAAAAUUCGUUCGAAACGAAAUGGAAGCUUAUGCUUCAGCUGGAUGUAUUGCUGAAGAAGUUUUAUCGGCGAUAAGAACCGUUGUAGCUUUCGGAGGCCAAACCAAAGAAUGCGAACGUUACCGAGAACAACUGGUCAUAGCAAAAGAUAACAAUAUUAAAAAAAGUUUAUUAACCGCCAUUAAUAACGGAAUAAUGUGGUUUUUGGUUUUCGGUUCAUAUUCGUUAUCAUUUUACUACGGAGUCGAUUUAAUUAUCGAUGAAAGACAUCUACCUGAAGAUGAAAAAGUUUACACAUCGGCGAAUAUGUUAACAGUUUUCUUUAGUAUUUUAUUAGCAACAUGGAAUUUUGGACAAUGCGCACCAUAUUUUCAAAUUUUUAGCGUCGCUUGUGGAGCUGCUACUAAAAUUUAUUCCGUAAUCGACGAAGAACCCAUCAUUAACGCUUCUAAAGGACACGGAAGACGAUUACCAAAUUUAAAAGGAAAUAUUGUUUUUAAAGAUGUUAAGUUUAAUUAUCCAUCAAGAAAAGAUGUUCAAAUUUUAAGGGAUACUAAUUUUAAAAUAAAUGCGGGUGAAACUGUUGCUUUAGUUGGAAGUUCCGGUUGUGGAAAAUCUACUUGUAUUCAAUUAAUUCAACGAUUUUAUGAUCCCAUUUUCGGAAAUAUUACAAUUGAUGGUGUUGAUUUAAGAGAUUUUGAUUUGCGGUGGUUGAGAUCUCAUAUUGGUGUUGUAGGACAAGAACCGGCUUUAUUCGCAACCACAAUCGCUGAAAAUAUAAAAUUGGGCAAUCCGAAAGCUACGGAAAACGACAUUGAAAGAGCCGCAAUGAAAGCAAAUGCUCAUUCUUUCAUAAUGAAAUUACCUCAAGGUUAUGAUACAUUGGUUGGAGAAAGAGGAGCUCAAUUAUCAGGGGGACAAAAACAAAGAAUAGCAAUUGCUAGAGCUUUAAUAAGAGAUCCAUCGAUUUUACUUUUAGAUGAAGCUACUUCCGCUUUAGAUACCCAUAGUGAAUAUCAAGUUCAAAAAACGAUUGAUUCAGCAAGUAAGGAAUGUACAACGAUCAUUGUAGCUCAUCGUUUAUCAACGGUAAGAAACGCAAAUCGAAUUUUAGUUUUUUCAAAUGGUAAAGUAGUCGAAGAAGGUAAUCAUCAAGAAUUAAUGGCUAAAGAAGGUGUAUAUUAUGAAUUAGUUAACGCUCAAACCUCCGAUAGUUGCGAAUUGGAUGAAAAUAUUUCUAAAAGAUCAGAAAACGAAGAAGAUAAAGAAGAGAUUGAUGAAGACGAUUUUCUUGACGAUGUUACAGAAACAAUCGAAGAUGAAGAAGAAUCUGAUAAAAAACAAUCUUAUUCACCAAUUUGGAUGAUUUUAACACUAAACAGCCCAGAAGCUAUUCAUAUUAUUUUAGGUUGUAUUUGUGCGAUGAUUUUUGGUGCUUCACUUCCUGCCUAUUCGUUCGUUUUUGGAGAUAUCGUUGGUGUAUUAUCCGAUCCCAAUGAUGAUUAUGUAAAAACCGAGGGGAAUAAAUUUUCAUUGUAUUUUUUGAUUAUUGGAAUUGUUUCUGGAUUUACAUCAUUUUUGCAGUGGUACUUAUUUGGAAUUGCUGGUGAGAAAUUAACAAAUCGCGUUCGAGGAUUAUUAUUUGAAAAAAUUCUUAAUCAAGAAAUGGGAUGGUUCGAUCGAAAAGAAAACGGUGUUGGUGCAAUUUGCGCUAAAUUAUCAAGUGAUGCGUCAAGCGUACAAGGAGCUGCUGGUCAACCAAUUGGAACUGUUUUAAACUCAUUAUCAACAAUGAGUAUCGCCGUUGGUGUUUCAUUUUAUUACGAAUGGAGAUUAACUUUAGUGACGUUAGCAGUUGUUCCGUUAAUUUUCUUUGGAAUUUAUUUAGAACAAAAAGUGUUGAGAAAAGAUUCCGGGUCGAGCGAUCCAUUAAUUCAAUCGACCAAAGUUGCAGUUGAAGCAAUCGGAAAUAUUCGUACGGUUUGUUCUUUAGGAUGCGAACAUAUUUUAUAUAAACGUUACAGAAGUAUUUUGGAGCCUCAUUAUAACAAAGCUAGAAUUCAUCUUCAUGGUACUGCAAUGAUUUUUGCUUUUGCCAGAGCUUUAAUGUUCAUAUGUUACUCAAUUUCAAUUUAUUAUGGAGGUCGUUUGAUUACACAAAAUGAAUUGCCUUAUGAAAAUUUGUUUAAAAUAUCGGAAGCUUUAAUUUCUGGUGCUUGGUCAGUUGGAAAUGCUGUAGCUUUUACUCCUAAUCUUCAAAAAGGAAUUUCUGCAGCAGCUAGUAUUACAAGGAUUUUAAGACGAGUUCCUAAUAUUUUAGAUCAUGAAAAAUCAAGUUCUUAUGGAUGGGGUAACGGAAAUGUAAGAUAUUCUAAAGUUUCGUUUAAAUACCCAACAAGAAAAAAUGUAACCGUUCUAUCAGAUCUAGAUUUAAUGAUUUUCCAAGGAAAAACUGUCGGAUUAGUUGGACCAAGUGGUUGUGGAAAAUCAACAAUCAUUCAAAUGAUUCAACGAUUUUACGAUCCUAUUUGCGGUGCGAUUAAUGUAGAUCGAACGAACAUUCUUAAUUUAAAAUUGUCAUCUUUGCGAUCUCAUUUGGGUAUAGUUUCCCAAGAACCUAACUUAUUUGAUAGAACGAUCGCUGAGAACAUUGCUUAUGGUGAUAAUCAAAGGAACGUAACAAAACAAGAAAUUAUAGAAGCUGCCAAAAAAGCCAACAUACAUAAUUUUAUUACAUCUUUACCUUUGGGUUAUGAUACAAGAGUUGGUGAAAAAGGUACUCAAAUGUCAGGUGGUCAAAAACAAAGAAUCGCAAUUGCCAGGGCUUUAAUAAGAAAUCCUCAAGUUUUAGUUUUGGAUGAAGCUACUUCUGCUUUAGAUUCAGAAAGUGAAAAGGUUGUUCAAGAAGCGUUGGAAAAUGCCCGUCAGGGUCGCACGUGUAUAACCAUAGCUCAUAGACUGACGACGUUGCAGAAUGCUGACCUAAUCUGUGUGCUAAACAAGGGUCAAGUGGAAGAGAUGGGAACACAUAAUGAUUUGAUCAAUUGUAAAGGAAUCUAUUAUAAAUUGUAUACGAUGCAAGUUCAUGGAUAAAAUUUAAAUGAAAGGAAAGUCAAUAAAUAAAUUUGGAAUGAAUGGA